AGAUUACCGCCCCAUGCCAGCUUUGGAUCGAUAUGAAAUGGCUGAAUUUGAUGAAGAAGACUAUGACUUAUCACAAACUGAUCGUAUGGCUGCUGAAAUGGCCAUGCAACGCCGGGACCGAGAAGAGGGUGUUCUGGGUCGUCGAGCAGAUAUGGAACUUAUU